ACAGCCAUCAAAAUAAGAAUUAAGAAGUGUGAUGUAAUAUUCAUUAUUUCAUUCGUCACAUUAGCCAAUUAAGUUCCAUUAGGAUCUUUAUAAAAUAUUAGUAAGGUAAAUCAUAUAUCAUUUUAUAAAUGCGGUAUUAAUAAUAUCUUUCGUGUGUAGGAGAGUUGGGAUAGAAGGGACGGAAGUAGCCCGACGGGUCGCAGUGCAGGAGGGUCGUGUCUAGCCCAGCACCCCUCACACUACCCUCUCACACCACCCUCACGACCCUCACACACACCACUCACACCUCCAGGUAGUCUCCACCAGGCAGGAGGAGGAGAAGGGUGGGGGAGGAGAGAGAGGGGGUGGGAAGGACGUACCCCCGUGUGUGUGUGUGACCUCACAGCGGUGACCUCUGCCUGGCUCCUGGGAGGUCAACUCUGACCUCUCUGGAUCUUCUCAUCUCAUAAGUGGUGUCUGUGAGCAAGCGAAGAUGGUAGUUGGUCACCCUAAGCCAGACUGGACUGUGCUGCCAGACAGCAUCCUCCUGCACAUCUUUAUGUACCUGGAAUAUUCUGACAUGCCUCACGUGGGUCUGGUGUGUAGGUCAUGGCUGCGGGUGUCUUAUGACGAGUUCCUCUGGAGAUACUACUUUUUCAAAGACUUCCAGGUGGAUCCUGGUGUCCCAAUCAUGCCAGGCCGAACCUCAUGGCGUGGAGAAUAUCAUCGACUAGUAGAGGGUACUCCUGUGGUUGAAACAGAAGAAAUCUCUGAGCACAAUCAUCAGGUUCUCCACGUUUCCUUUUCACAUAAAGGGGAUAUGUUUGCUACAUCAUCAAAAGAUGGAUUUAUUGUUGUUUGGAAUAGCACAUAUCCAGCAGCUGUGAGAUUUUAUAAAGAUAUGAAAGUUCACUCCUGGAAAUACACCCAGUUUUCCCAGUUCAACAGCUCGGACACUCUCUUGCUCGUGUCGGGUGUACACUUUGGGAGCUACAGUAGCACAUCGGGCGAGAUAGCCGUCUUUAAUUUAGAAAGUGAUUUUCAGCUACAAUGUAGAGUCUUAAAUAAACCUUACGACAUAUUUGGAACCUGGUACAAUGACCAGUACCUCCUCUCUGGUGAUCUGCACUGGCUGGCUCACUUGGUUAGUACUAGUGUCAUUUGGCUCAAUAAAGCUAAUCAAGAAAAUAAUUCUGAGCACCGUGCCAUCAUCAGCCGCCUAUUCAAGUUCUACAAUCGGAAUGCCUCGAGUGUUCGCACGAUCCUUGUAGCAAACUGCUUGACUCCUGAUGCUUCCACUAGUACAGAGAUGGUUGAACCGAAAGUAGAAAAUACCGAAGAAAAGGAGGUUGUUGAACGAGGUAACCCGCCAUCUCAUCGUGAAUUAAGCGUUCAUCGGACAUCUGUCACCGAGCAACAAAAUAUUGAGCCUCCUUUGUAUAAGAAGACAGUCUACACCAGUCCAAUCACAUACACUAAAGAUUAUAGACGUGCUGAAGUUGAACUGCCUGAAGGGAACUCGGCUGAAUGUGAAGGAGUAAUGGAAAAAAUGGAGCAAGAGGGAGUCAAAGUUAAAGCUAGAGAGGAGGAGGAACUUGUUGAUUGGGAGGAAGACACUGAGCCGAUGCCCCCUAUGUCUCUGGCUGAAGAUUGUGAUAAGUUCCUCAUUUUCACCACAGGCUCCAAAACCUACUCCCCUCAUCAAAUUGGUUUUAAGAGAAUAAAGAAGUUCUCAAUACCCACUGUACUGGAGGUUGGACCAUGCUUACGAGAGAGAAUUCAGCAGAGAAAGCAGGAGCGGGAGUUGCGAAAUCUUGGUCUUUUUCAAGACCCUAACUGGCUUGAUUAUGACUCGGUUGCUGAGAGAUUUGACCCUAUUGACCACUUAAUUGAUCUGAAUGGACAUAUCAUAGGAAUGGGGCUGUCUCCUGAUCACAGGUACCUGUAUGUCAACAGUAGGCCGUGGCAAGCCAACUGUGUCAUUGAUAGUCCUCUUAGCCCACCACGUAUUGCUGAAGGAAUAGAUCUUCACGUUAUCGAUCUGACUAACUUGACAGAGGUAGGGACAAUGUUGCGGUCCCAUAAGGCUUAUACGCCCAAUGAUGAGUGCUUCUUUAUCUUCCUAGAUGUCUCUCACCAGUAUGUUGCAAGUGGUGCAGAGGACAGACAUGGUUACGUGUGGGAGCGUCACUAUGGUGUCUGCUUGUCUCGUUUACCACAUCGAGAUGUGGUUAAUGCUGUCGCCUUCAAUCCGAGAGAUCCUGAAAUGCUUGUCACUGUCAGUGAUGAUCACAAGAUUAAGGUAUGGAGAUCAAGGAGAAGAGCACGGUCACUAGGAAUAAAUUUGAAAAACAUAGAAAUGGCGAAAGAACUUCGAAUAAAGCAUCCUCGGCCCGAGUCUCAGUCUUCAGUAAUGGAAGUUCAGAGUAAUGACUGAAAUAAUAAUUAGGUGCAUCAGCAGUGAAUAUCUUGCUGUAUCCGACAUUUGGGGACUUCUGGAUGGCACAAAAGCAUGACUUUUUCCAGGUUAGGUUUUUUCAGUGCCACAGUAUUUCAAUAUUUUUUCUAAAUAUGGAUUGUCAUUGUUGAAUAUUGAAUCACUGAACCUGUGCACUUGAGAAUUGGGUAAUUAUGUGCAUAUUAUGGUUGGUAGCUUUUAGAUGUAAUGCCAUGCAUUAUUGUGAACACUGUGAUAUUCCUAAUAUUAAUAAGACAAAACUAGAUUUUAUUUUCAGCUCAUGAAGCAUUUUUGUGGGCAAAACUGCAGAAAUUCUCACUUUUGGGUGAAAAAGAAUUAUGUUGUAUUUUGCAGCUGUUAGAAACAACACAUGGUUUGAUUUGUUUCCUGUACAUAUAUGAUAAUGCAACCCAUCCUUCAAAAAUGAUAGCACUUAAAAGCAACUAUUGGUCAAACAUACAAAAAUGUUCUGGCAUGCCAACAAAAAUUUGCAUUUUGUACUAUUGGAAAACUCCAAAUGGCAUCUUAAAAAAAUUGGAACAGUAACUUAGAAAUUAACUUUAUCUGGCCUAGACCUAAAUAAACCUAAUGCAUCAUCUUAGGCCUGAUUUAGUAUGUAUGUGCUGUACAUGACCUCGGAAAGUGCUGGUUUGUUGUUGCCUUCGUUCUUGGCCACUUCAAAGUAAAUAAUAAUUUGCUCUGUGGGAAGGGUAUGAAGCAGUUCAGUUUUUGUGUGCUUUCAACCAAUAAUUGAUAUAAAUAAACACCACAAUUUUUGAAUGGCAAGGUUGUAUAAUGUGAUAAUGCUCUCUAUAUCACAGUAUAGCUUGUGGUGAACUUGUGUGUGUGUUGUAUUUUGAAUACUUUUUUAUAUGUAUCUGGUAAUGUUAGCUUACUAGUGUUUUCCUGAAAAAAAAAUUAUUUUUUUUUAAGGUAAGUUUAAACUUAAUUUUGAAGCUUGCUGUGUUACUCCUGCAAAAAUAAAUGGUAGUGAAAACUAGUGCAAAGAUAAAUAAUAAUGCAAGUUAAUAAGAAUUUAACAGCUUUCUAAAUUAUCUUCAUAGAUUGAGGGCUAUGAAUCUCCAAGAUAGUCAGUAUCUUAUCCAUUUUAACAUGUGUUAUAAUAAGCAGCAUCAUAAUCCUAUUUUUUAUUUGACUAAGGAACAGUACAGUAAAUCUGUACAUGCAUCAGGGUUGAAGUGAGAGGUAGGACUGUCCAGGGGCAGUUUACUGUGGUGUUGCACAGAGUUGAUUCGUUGCGUGAACUAGGCAUCCUUGCCCCGGGAUUGAGUUGUUACAAAAAGAGGAAGAUAUUGAUAACAUUAGCCUUUUAUUCAGCUGAUAAAUAGACAAAUUUGGCAUUACAUUUUCAUCAGUGCAUAAUUGUUUAGCUAGAGUAAACCUAUCACCUUUGAUGUGACUUGAAAACGGAGUGAGAAUUUUAUACGUUAAGAACAGUUAUACCGUAAUGUAAGGCUUUGAAAUAGCUUGUGUUUUGACAUGUAUAUUAUAUAAUGUUGAAAUUUGUUGCAGAUGUAUUUUCAAGGUUCAAAAUGUAUCUUUCCUUUCUUAAA